UGUGUCUGUGGGUAUAUAAAUGUGGUGAAUCCAGGAGGGCUGUAUCACUUUGGGUGAGCUUGCUGCGCUCCUUCUAAAGCAUUAACAGUCUUCGCUGAGUAUCAGUCCUGCAUUAGGGUAGCCAUGGGAAAGUACGAAAUCCAGGUCUUCACCGGUACUGCUCUUGGCGCUGGCACCUCUAACAAGAUCUACAUCAAGUUAAUUGGCUCAAUCUCCAAUAGUGGACCCCAUAAGCUUGCAACGCUAACAACCUUUUGGCCUGGAUCAAACCAGACUUUCACAAUCGAAAGCCAAUCAAAUAUAGGCGAGCUCUUACUGGUUGAAGUGGAACCUAAGCCACGAUCAUUGAUGCUAUACGUGGAUGAUGACUGGUUCUGCACCAAAAUCAUUGUAACAACACCUGAAGGAGUCGAUGUGCUUUUCCCAUGUCAUUGCUGGAUGAGCAGACAUGAGAAGCUGACUCUGAGGCAUUCUGUGGCCAUGCUAAAAACCAAGGACACGGUUCCUCUACUCCUGGCGCACAGACACGAGAACCUGAAGAAACGGCGCCAAGAGUUCAAGUGGAGUUUAUAUGCUCCGGGAUUACCUCACACUGUGCUCGCUACAUUUUCACAUGAGUUGCCACCUGAGGUCAGAUUCUCUUUCACCAAAGACAACGAAUUCCUGUUCACCGCGAGUGCAGCUUUCAUGAAGCUGAAACUGGAGCAUCCUUUAAACGGUACCUGGGAUAGCUUUGAAGAUAUCAGUAGAAUUCUCUCCAAGAAGCCGAAGACUUACGAAUAUGUGGAGAAGAACUGGAUGACAGAUGAAUUCUUUGGAUACCAAUUUCUAAAUGGUCUGAAUCCCAUGAUCAUCAAGCGCUGCUCAAAGCUGCCUGAGAAAUUCCCGGUCACCAAUGAAAUGGUCAAAAGUUUUUUACCAGACAAGAGCACGUUGGAAUCAGAAAUGAAGAAGGGAAAUGUCUUUCUCUGUGACUACGAAAGACUGAAAGACCUUGAGGGAAAUGAGAUCUCCAGGGAAAAGCAGUAUCUGGCAGCUCCUCUCUGUCUGCUUUUCAGCACUCACGGCAAACUGAUGCCAAUUGCCAUCCAGUUGAACCAGCAGCCUGGACCAGGGAAUCCUAUCUUUCUGCCCUCCGACUCUGAGAAUGAUUGGUUGUUGGCUAAGAUCUUUGUGAGAAAUGCAGAGUUUAAUGAACACGAGCUGAACUUCCAUCUGCUGCGCACUCAUCUGAUGGGCGAGGUCUUCACUGUGGCAACGUUGCGCAGCUUGCCUUCAUGUCAUCCCCUUGCUUUAUCACUCUUCCUCUUCCAGCUCCUGAUACCUCACACUCGCUACAAUCUCCAGAUCAACAUCAUGGCCAGGAAUCUGCUGAUCUCAGAGAUUGGAUACUUCCCUCAGUUCACUGCCAUUGGAAACGAGUCUAUGACCACCUUCCUGAAAAGAGCAGCCUCUUCUAUGACGUACAGCUCCCUCUGUAUGCCAGAUAAUAUCAAGGAGAGGGGAUUGGAGACGAUUCCCAAUUGCUACUACAGAGAUGAUGGUCUGGAGCUGUGGGACAUUGUUUACAAGUUUGUGUCUGGAUUUGUGUCGCAUUACUACAGCGAUCAAGAUGUCAAGGAAGACAACGAGCUGCACUCAUGGCUCACUGAGAUAAGAGAAAACGGCUUCCUGGAACACAGUGAAGCUGGAUUUCCCAAGUCUUUCUGCAACGUCAAAGAGCUGGCUAAGUUUGUCACCAUGGUGAUCUUCACCAUGUCUGGCCAACAUUCCGCAGUCAACAAUGGCCAGUUUGAAUUCGGGGGAUUUAUGCCCAACUUUCCAAGCUCUCUCCGAUGUCCACCACCACAUCAAAAAGGAGAAACCACGAGGGACUCUGUUUUUGCGACCUUACCUGACAUCAGCACCACGAUCAACACCAUUGCUAUUGUGUUCUUGCUGAGCCAGGAGUCCGCUGAUCGGUAUCCGCUUGGACAUUACCCCGAGGAGCUGUUCAGCGAGGAGACGCCGCUGAAACUGAUAGCACAGUUUAAAAGUGCUCUGAAAGAUCUUGAGAUGAAAAUCGAUACCAGGAACAAGAAGCUUGUCCUGCCGUACAUAUACAUGAAUCCACGAAAUGUUGAUAACAGUGUUGCCAUUUAGAGUGAGGGUCUUUGAUUUGACCAUGUGUUUCUCCUCUGUAGGCCCUAAACACACCUGUCUGUUUAUUGUGCAGUGCCUUAAUAAUGGCAGCCCACUAAACAUGAGCAAAGCAGGCUAUGAAAAAUUCUAUAUUGCUUCUUCUUUUGAUCUUUCAUUUAAACUAUGAAAGCUAACCUGCAUGUGAAGUGCAAGAAAAAAACUUAUCAAGAAAUAAAUCAUUUUCUCAAAUUUGUGUGAGCCACAAUUGUUAGACUCCUUCAUUUAGCGCUUUGUCUAGCUUUCCUUUGCAAAGAUAACAGCUCUGAAUGUUUUCCUAUUAUGCUUAAUGAGACUGGAGAACUGGAUCAUUCCUCCAUACAGAACCUCUCCUGAUCCUUCAGAUUCUGAGAUCCAUGCUUGGAGACUCUCCUCUUUAGCUCAUUCCACAGGUUUUCUGUGGGGUUUAGGUCAGAAAACUGGGAUGGUCAUGGUAAAACCUUGAAUCUGUGGUCAGUGAACCAUGUUUGUGCUGAUUUUGGGAUCAAUGUUUUGCUGGAAAUUCCAAUCCAAAUGCAAUUUCAGCUUCCUGGCUGAGGCAGUAAGGUAUUGAUUUACUAUCUGUUGGCACUUGUUGACACAUGAUACCACAUACCUAAACAAGUUGUCCAGGGCCUUUGGAAGAAAAGGCCACUCAAACCGUUCUCCACUAUGUGCAUGGGGUCAAUAUAGACAUACAUCCUCUUCCUAGAUCUCUGUCUCCAGUUGCUUUAAGCUUCUUAAUUGUUGCUUGGAUAGCAGAAAUAGGCAAUUUCAACUGUUUAACUAUUUUCUUGUAGCCAUUUCCUGAUUUGUGCCUGAUGUCGUGUAUCAUUGCUGUUUCUUUCUCAUCGUGAUGGAUAACAGAGAAUGUGGCCUGUGUGUCACCUCCUGUUUAUACCCAGUGAAACAGCAAGUGAAAAUAUUAAUGUGUUCUGUUGCACGUCGACAAUAAAUUCAUCAGAAAA